CCUACAUCAUCACAAUUCCCUCCGAAACCGACGUCGCAGUCCCGUCCGACUGACUCUGUAGCCAACGCACCACCCAGUCCCCUCACGCCAACACACACACAUACACACGCCCACGCCCACGCCCACGCCCACGCCCACAACAUGUCCACCCGCAGCCCAUCCCCGUCCCCGUACGCCGACCCGCAAAUCGACACAACAACAGUCCUCUCCCUGCUCACCACCGUCGCCAUCCUCGCCGCCGCCUACGCGACAUCCACGCGCCUCCUCCCCUCCUCCGCCUCCACAAAGACCCGCAUCCUCUUCGUCUGGCACGCCUUUGACGCCCUCAUUCACACCUUCCUCGAGGGCACAUUCCUACUCAACUGCUUCCUCACCUCCGUCCCCACGCCGCCUUCUCCGCUCGACACGCUCGCCGCCGCCGCCGCUCCGCCCUCAAAGCGCUGGUUCGCCGCCUCCCCUCCUCCGUCCCCGGCUCCCGUUCCGCCAUCCUCUGCCUCCUCCUCCUCCUCCGCCAUCCUCUCCGCCAUCGCCGCCGCCGCACCCCCGCUCACCCCUCCCGGCAUCCACUUCCUCGCCGACGCACAGAACCUCUACGGCAGCAUCUACGGCACCAACCCGGCCGCCCGUCUCUGGCAGGAAUACGCAAAAGCCGACCGGCGCUGGGGCGGCGCCGACCUGACCAUCGUCUCGCUCGAGCUGCUGACCGUGUGCAUUGGCGCGCCCCUGGCGGCGUAUAUCUGCGUGCUGCUUGUGCGUGGCGCGCGGGGUGAUCGGCGGGCUGGGAAGGGCGUGUGGUUCUGGAUGGGCGUGUUGGCGACGGGGGAGUUGUAUGGUGGGUUCAUGACGUUUGCGCCUGAGUGGUUGAGUGGGUGUGGGAAUUUGGAGACGGGGAAUUGGCUGUUUCUCUGGGUCUACCUGACCUUCUUCAACAUGCUCUGGGUCGUCCUGCCCGUCUGGAUCCUGGUCGAGGCCUACCGCUUCAUCACCGCCGGCCUGUUCUCCAAGGAGGAGAUGGUCGAGCUGAUGGAGUACAUCCCGAAGAAGGACAAUUGAGCUUGCUGUCGAGGAGGUGUUUGGCUGGGGGCUGGUAUAUACGAUUGGUAAUAUUUGCACGGAGG